AUGAAACGUGUAGAAGAGACAACUGGCCAUCCUUGGUGGGUAGUUCACCGCGCACAUCUGCACGCCGGACUUGUCGAGGUAGCGAUCAAAGAGGGUGCAGAUAUCAUCAUCGGUUCUACAGUCACGCGACUUGACCAUGAAAGCGGUCAUCAAGUGCUAGUGGAGACAUCGAAGGGCAAGAUAUACCACUUCGACCUCCUGAUCGGUAGCGACGGUAUCAAGUCUAUCGUCCGCAAGACCCUCUUUCCAGACGUCAAACCCACACCACCGACUACGAACUGCGCCUAUCGUGCUUUAAUUCCCUAUACGCAGGUUCAAAAAGACCCUGUCGCCUGUACUCUGGUCAAAAGACCAACAAUGGAGGUCUGGAUGACUGAGAAUGCCUACAUCAUCUCCUACCCCAUCUCCGAUGGCACGCAACUCAACUUGGUCCUCUCGCACCACCGUCCUCAUCCUGUAGCCUCAGUCGAAGAGGUGGACAUGGAUGAAUUCCGUGCUACGUAUCAAGACUUCGAUCCUAGAAUCAAGCGAAUAGUCGACAUGGUGCCCUCUGCUAAACGAUGGCCUUUACUAGUCACCGGCCCCCUCGACACAUGGAGCAACCCCAACAAGAAGGUCGUCCUGAUUGGCGACGCCGCGCACAGUAUGGUGAAUCACAUGGCACAAGGCGCAGCCACGAGUAUGGAAGACGGCGCUUUCCUUGCCAAAUGUGUCGGCGAAGUCGUCAAGGGAAACAUGAACCUACGAGAAGCAGUUGCCUUGUAUGAGAAAGAACGCAUGCCUAGGGCGUACGAGAAACAACAGAUUAGCUUCUUGAAUGGUCAAUUUUGGCAGUUGCCUGAGGGUCCGGAGCAAGAGGCUAGAGACCGGGCGAUGAAGCCUGAGCUAGAAGGCAGGCCGUUCAUCAGAAGUCCGAAUCUAUAUGGUGACCCGAGUACAGUAUUAGAGGUGUAUGGGUAUGAUGCUGAAAGGCACGCUGAAGAGGCAAUUCGGCGUUGGAAGACGGGGAAGGAGGAGAGAAAUGAGAGGACGGGUGUGACAAAGAGGCUGGAGGAUAAGCAUUUCAAUUGGUUUAAGCCAAAGGCCAACUUAUAG